CCCCUCCACCCCAACUCCACAGGGAGCCCCGCCUCCCAGGUACACAGGGCCUAGAGCCCACCCCCCUGAGGGUUAAGAGUCACCCCGCAGCGGGGCUACAGGUCCAUACUGUCGCUGGCGGGGAGGCCGGAGGGGGUUACCAUGGCUCCGGUGACUCGGACCCUGGCCGGAGUGGCGGCGGCUGCAAGGGUAGGAGUAGGAAGAGGGACAACUUCGUGGCUCCGGGCUCUGGGGGGUGCCCGAAGAUUCAGCAGUAGUGCCACGCGCUGGGGAUCUGGGGGUGCCAGUCCGAGUCGCCGCCUCAGUACUGCCCGAGUCCGGACCCAGCUACCGCGAGAGAAGGCCGAGCGAGGUCCCGAAGAGGCGACCGGUGACAAUGGUCCUCCUCCGGGAGUGGGACCGCCUGCCGCUGCGGGCACGCUCCCGGGUCCAGCCGCCGCGCCGCAGCCACAGCCGCCGCCGCCGCCGCCCACGGCUGCCCCCGCGCCGCACUCGAGCCGCUCGCUGGUCCAGCGGGACAUCCAAGCGUUCCUGACCGAGUGUGGGGCCAGCCCGGGGGAGGCGAGGCACUGGCUCACCCAGUUCCAGACCACCUUUGACUCGGCGGACAAACCUUUUGCCAUCAUCGAGGUGGACGAAGCUGUGUUCAGGAGCACAGAGGCAGUCCUAAGUCUGGCCUUCGCCCUGGCCUUCUUGCAACGGAUGGAUAUGAAGCCACUUGUGGUUCUUGGACUCCCAGCACCCACCGCACCCUCAGGUUGCCUUUCCUUCUGGGAGGCCAAGUCCCAGAUGGCCCAGAGCUGCAAGGUCCUUGUGGACUCUCUCCGCCACAAUGCAGCCACGGCUGUGCCCUUUUUUGGGGGAGGGUCUGUGCUGAGCGCUGCCGAACCUGCCCCCCAUGCCACCUAUGGUGGCAUUGUCUCUGUGGAAACAGACCUGCUAAAGUGGUGCCUGGAGUCGGGUAGCAUCCCCAUCCUGUGUCCUAUUGGCGAGACAGGUGCCCGGCGCUCUGUGCUACUCAAUUCCUUAGAGGUCACUGCUGCUCUGGCCAAGGUUCUGCUGCCCACCAAGAUCAUCUUCCUCAACACCACCGGGGGCCUCCGGGAUGCCAAUCAGAAGGUUCUGAGUAAUGUGAACCUGCCAGCGGACCUGGACCUAGUGACAAAUGCCCAGUGGGUGAGCAGCAAGGAGAGGCAGCAAAUGAGGCUUAUUGUGGAUGUGCUGGGCCGACUAUCCCAUGACUCUUCAGCUGUUAUAACAUCUGCCAAUACCUUGCUUACAGAACUCUUCAGCAACAAGGGGUCAGGGACCCUCUUUAAGAAUGCUGAGCAAAUGCUUCGAGUAGACAGCCUCGAGAAGCUGGAUCAGAAGCGGCUGGUGGACCUUGUAAAUGCGAGUUUUGGCAAGAAACUUCGGGAUGACUAUUUGGCCUCUCUUCACCCACGGCUGCACUCCAUUUACUAUUCUGAAGGGUACAAUGCUGCAGCCAUCGUGACCACUGAACCUGUGCUGGGAGGCACCCCAUACCUGGACAAGUUUGUGGUGAACUCAGGCCGGAAGGGCCAGGGCUCAGGCCAGAUGCUAUGGGAGUGCAUGCGGCAGGACCUGCAUAGACUUUUCUGGAGAUCUCGUGUCACCAAUCCCAUCAACCCCUGGUACUUUAAGAACUGUGAUGGCAGCUUCUCCAACAAACAGUGGAUCUUCUUCUGGUUUGGCCUGGCUGACAUCCGGGACUCCUAUGAGCUUGUUAACCAUGCCAAGGGGCUGCCUGACUCCUUCUGCAAACCUGCCUCUGACCCAGGCAGCUGAUAGGAACCAUGCACCCUUCACUCCAGCCCAACUGAGUGCAUACCCAAGAGCCAUGCUGAGGUGGUGGUCCCAGGGAAGUCGAGAGGCAGGCCUGGGCUUUCUGCCUGAGAAACUUGCAUAGAAGGGAAGAUGGGAGGGCCUUGAGGCCCUUGGAUUCCGGGGAGGGAAGGGAGCCAAUGAAUUGGUAGAAACAGGAAGGCUGGCUCAGCUGGAUGGAGUAUGGGUACUUGGAACCAGCUGUCCAGAAGUCUGCCAGCUGUUUCAAAGCAACUAAUAUCUAUCUCUUCAUCCCGUCAGGGCUCCUACCCAGGGUCAACCAAUGUGUGGGUGAAAUACAUGGCCACCUCCAUGUGUUAUUUGAGGUUUCCUGUCCCCAAAUAUCACCCUCGCCUCUCGCUACUCCUAAAAUUCACCAUUUAAGAUGAGUUUCUUCAGGUCUUAGGUUUUUCUUGAGUCUCCCACUUAAAUGCUAGCCCUUUUUAGCUCUCAGACCUGGGGGGGGGGGGGGGGGAAGAGAAGAGUGAGUUGACAAUGAGAGCAAAUUCCUGAGACAACAGGGCACAGAAGAGGGUCCUGGCGUUGGGGAGAAAAAUAGCAAAGUUGGGAGCAUUUUCAAAGCCAGAUUCUGCUGACCAAGACUUUCCCCCUCGCUGAAAGACUCUACUCCUACCUUCUAUAAAAGCACAAGGAAGAAAAAGAAGUCAUAGUGGGACAAGGAAGAGUAGAUGUGAUCCCGUCUACAGUUCCUGGGGACCUUCGGGCCAAGGAACAGUCACUGCCCAUCCAUCCAAGUUGGGCCAGCAGAAGCCUCAGCACCUCUCCCAAGGCCUACUCUCUCUCUCACCACCUACACAACUCACCUUCCUGAUCCAAACUGGGAAAAUGAGCAAACCAAGCCUCUGGAGGAAUCCUCCCUUCCCUUCCCUGCCCUGUCCUGCCCUCCCCUCCUGUAAAGCCAAAAGCUCAGCUCCAUUAAGCACAGAAAGCAACACUUAUCCUUUAAGAGCUGCUAAGGUAACAUCAGCUGCCAGCAUCAGCUGAAAGAGAAAGGAAGCACCACACCUAUCUACAUUUGAUUUUAAAAGCUCAGAUGACAGGCUGGGUUUGGGGGAGUGGGGCUAUUUGCCAAUAUGUACAAGCCAGGCCAAAGCAGAAGCAGGUGCCCAAGCUCUAGUGAGCAGACACUGGGGAGCCAGGGACCAUGAAUCCAUCCCAGCCACCAGCAUCCUUUUCCGCACAUUUGGAUGGAAAUAAGUCCCUUACUCUUUGGUUACACACAAAAUCAGGUAUCUACAUAUGUCUUCAUAAAUGAUCAUUUUUUUAAAAAAAGUCUGAGGAGUAUGGGGUAGGAAAUCAGUUUGAGUUGAAGCAGGAAAAAAUAAAGUGACCCAUCAGGAAGAACUGGUGAACAAGAAGAGAACAGAAUCAAAGCUUGUAAGUAGGGGGUCUUGGAAGUGGAACCUCCAAAACAGAGGGCAAAGUGGGAGGCAAGUGCUAGAAGAGAUGACCUAGGGUAAAAACCCCAGUUCAUGUCAAAGAUACCUGCAGGGAAACUAGAAAAGCAAACCCCUAAGUGUACAAGAGAGGUGCUCUUAUCCUUGGGAAGCUUGGGGCAAAGGUAAAAGAGCCUGGAGAAGGCUUCAACCAGAGUGGGGAUGAUGGUCAGAGAACAGCCAUGCUCUGAAAUACCUUACCCCGGGCCCUGGUCAAGGAGGAAUGUUAAGCAAAUUGGUGAAGGGGACUGACAGGAACAGACUAGCAGUGCCCCUGUCCUGUGGAAACCCAGAGAACAUAUGCUGGUCCAUGCUGGUCCAUGCUGCCCGCCCCCCCCCCCCCCCCACACACACACACGCACACAUGCACGCAUGCACCAACCACAAAAUGUUAUCCAAAUGCUUUCAUCAAGAGCUUAACAGUACUGGACAUGGACACUGUACAAAUAUACGCAUCUGGUCCUUGUCUUCCUCUAUGUCUUUGCCUCUCUCCUGAUCUGCUUCAUUCCAUCCAGCUUCUCCCUUCCUCUACCCACCCCAACCCCCACCACAAUUCUUCCCUGAUCUUCCCAGAGGUUCCUCUCCUGAAAUGAAUCCUCCCUGCCACAGUCAGAGAAGCCCUAGAAGAGUUCAUCACCCCCACCCCAUCCCAGCUGCAAAGUGCAUUUCCUAGGGCAAAGCUUCUUAAACUGUGGGUUGCAUAACUGAAUGUGGGGGUCGAAAAAAAUUUGGCAGUAAAUGUUCGAUUUGUAUACCUAUUUUAUAUACCCAUACACCCGGGGGCUCGUAAAAAUUUCUCAGGUGAAAGGGGGAUGUGAAUAGAAAAAGUUUAAGAAGCCCUGGUCUAGGGGAAAGGUAAAGACCUUUUUCAUGCCAAUCAUUACAAAAGAAAGUUUUUUGGUUUGUUUUGUUGUUUUUUUUUAAAACAUAAAUAAACAGCCUGUGGAAGGAAAUUCCCCACCCCACCCCUACCCCCACAAAAAUCUGCCCCUCUCACCCCAUCCCUAAUGGGUGCCAUUCAGCCAUCCGUGGCCAGGAUCACUGCAGCCCCAAAGAUGCCCACAUUCUCGCCAAUGAGCUUCAUCUGAUUCCAGAACUCCACUCGCCGAGUGUUGUGCCAAUAAACGAUGUUUCCAUCAAUGAGGAGGAUGAUGAGGGGUAGCAGCACAGCCAGGAUCUGAGCAGCCAGGGCCACAUAGUAGCCAGAGAGGAAGGCCAGCGCCAGGACACCAUAAAGGAUGAAGAGCAGCUGAAGUGUAAGCUCCCCUCCCGGAAUGUGGUUCAGAUAUGCCAGCCGGUCUUCUUUGCUGUGCUGGAGGGAGUAAGCCUGGGGCGAGGGCAGGGGGAGGUCAGUGGUCCCUAGGACACAGUAUUACCCCAACUGGAAUACUUUCCCCUCUAUAUCGAUUAAAUUCAACCACUGAGCACCCCUGUAGAGAGUCACUGAUUCACCCAGUUCAUGCCUUCAUUUGCAGUAUCUUGACAGUAUUCUCAAAUUAUGCUGCCUCCUGCCCCUGCCAUUUCACACUCAUCUGUCCUUGCUUCCAAUGACAAACCUCUCCAAAGAGUAAUUUAGAUCUGGUGUCACUGGUACUCAACUCCCAUUUCACUCUGCAAUCCCUUGCAAACUAACCUUCCUCAAUGCAAAGCCUUUUAAUCCUAUGCCCCCACCCACGACCUUGCAUGCUGGAUCCCUCUCUCCACUCACUCCUUCCCUUCUGGGGAAGGUUUUCUCUCUCCUAAUAAACCACCCUGAUACUCCCUCCAACUGCCAGCCCAUAUCUCUCCCCCUUUCCACCUACAAACCUCCAAAAAGACCAGUUUUAUUUAUUUAAAGUCUUAACUGCCCCACAAUUCAUUCAACUCCUUGCAGAUGGAGUUGCUUCUUCCCUACUCUUCCCAAAACUACUUUCUUAGGGUCACUAAUAAUCUCAUAAUUGCCCAAUUAAAUGGCACCUGAGUCUUCCUCCUCAACAUCUCAACAGCAUGACCUUACUGACAACUACCCCCAGUGGGUACUUCAUAACUGCUGGGUUUUUUCCUAAUCAUUUAUAUUAAAAACUGAUCUGACACUUUUUCCAACAA